UUUAGUUCAUUUCAUUUGUCGUCUGUGGUCUGUUCUGUGCAGUUAACUUUGUUGGCGGAGGCUUUCCAAAAAUUUUUUAAUUUCUAUUUAUAAACAGUUCUAAUUUUUGACUACGACGUACAAUAAUAAAUAUGUAAAUUAAACUGACAUUUAUUAAUAAUGUUAACUGUUUAUGUUUAGUGGUGGCAAAGUGCUUUUAGUUCAACAUUGUUUAUACUCCAAAAAUGGUCUGGCGAUGGAUUUUGUUUGUAUACGCCUUGUCUGUUAUAACUAAAAGUUCACGUGUUACAGUGAACCAAGGGGAUACUUUACCUCAUCAUGGACGAUGUGAACCAAUAACAAUACAGUUUUGCCAGCAGAUACAGUACAAUCAAACAAUUUUUCCAAACUUGCUGAACCACGCUAAACAGGAAGAUGCUGGAUCCGAAGUACAUCAAUAUACACCUCUUAUAAAAGUAAACUGUUCGCCAGACUUGAAAUUCUUUUUGUGCUCAGUUUUUGCACCAGUUUGUACAAUAUUAAAUGAACCUAUUCCGCCUUGUCGUCAUUUAUGCGAAUCUGCAAGACACAACUGCGAUGAGAUACUUAUACAUUUUGGAUUUGAGUGGCCAAAGGCGUUAGAGUGUUCACGAUUUCCAGUGGUUACAGAUGAAAAUGUUAUAUGUGUUGGGGAUAACAAUGUGACUCAUGAACCUCGUAAGGCUACAGAGACCAAACUUCGGAAGGUAGAUUACAAGUCAAACAAUGAUAGAGACCCUACAAAGUUACAAGGUGCUAAAGACCUUGGUUUUGUUUGUCCAGUACAUUUUAAAAUACCUAAGAAUCUGGAUUUAGAGUAUUCCCUGAAAGUUGGAGAUAGAACUGAACGUGACUGUGGGGCACCAUGCAACGGAAUGUUUUUCAGUGAAGAGGAAAAAAGUUUUGCACGAUCAUGGAUUGUUAUUUGGGCCACUUUGUGCUCAAUCAGUUGCUUGUUCACUGUUUUGACAUUUGUAAUAGAUACAGAUAGAUUCCGCUAUCCAGAGAGGCCUAUAAUUUUUUUAUCAGUCUGUUAUCUAAUGGUUGCGGCAGCCUAUGUUAUGGGAUGGGGUGCAGGAGACUCUGUCAGCUGCCAAGGGCCCUUUCCGUCAACUAUUAGUGGAACAAGGUUGCCUAACAUAUCAGUUAUUACACAAGGAACAAAACAUGAGCCGUGUACAAUCCUUUUUAUGAUUGUAUAUUUCUUCAGUAUGGCAUCUAGCAUUUGGUGGGUUAUUUUAACACUCACAUGGUUUUUAGCAGCAGGAUUGAAGUGGGGGCAUGAAGCAAUAGAAGCUAAUUCACAAUAUUUUCAUCUAGUGGCUUGGGCAGUGCCUGCCAUUAAAACUAUAUCUAUUCUAGCUAUGGGCAAAGUUGAUGGUGAUGUACUCUCUGGUGUGUGCUAUGUUGGGCUUUGGGAUGCAGAAACUUUACGUGGUUUUGUAUUGGCACCAUUAUGUGUUUAUUUAGUCUUGGGCACUAUAUUUUUAAUGGCAGGUUUUGUGUCACUAUUCAGAAUAAGAACAGUUAUGAAACAUGAUGGUACCAAAACUGAUAAAUUGGAAAAGUUAAUGAUACGUAUUGGUAUAUUUGGUGUGUUAUACACUGUUCCUGCUCUUAUUGUGAUUUCAUGUUUAUUUUACGAACAGGCUUAUUUUGACAAAUGGAUGGUGACAUGGCACCGUGACAUGUGCUCAACACCUCUCUACUCUAUUCCAUGCCCAUUUACACAUCAGGAGAUGGAAAGGCCUAAAUUUGAAGUGUUCAUGAUAAAAUAUCUUAUGACAAUGAUUGUUGGCAUCACAUCAAGUUUUUGGAUUUGGUCUGGUAAAACUCUAGUUUCAUGGCAUCAAUUUUUUGAUAAAAUAAGGGGAAGACGAGUUGAAGCAUAUGUUUGAUCUUAUAUUUUGAUAAAUCAUGGAUUAUGCAUUUUAUUUUGAUAUCAUAACAAAUGUUUUGUAUUUGUUUGUUUUAAAGUUACAAAGAGAUUGUCUCAGGUUAGAUGGCUCUUGACAAAUUAAAUAUUUAAUUAAGUUUAGCAUUGCAUCUGAAUCUUUAGGUAUGUACUUAAUGUAAAAGAAGAUUCUUUCAAGGGACACUUAUUUCCAAAUCACUAUUGAUUAUAACAAAACUUUCUUUCAUUUUUGGAGUAAACUACUAUAUAAAGUGCAAGUUUAUUUGCACAGUUGUCAAAAUUUAAUUCAAAGCUUAAAACUUUGCACAUUUUUGAACAUAAUAUUGGCAGACUCAACCAAGCAGCCAGGAACCACAUACAGUUUUCAAAAACCAAUUUUUGUUUUUAUUUUAUAUAUUUUUUUUAUUUAUAAACUUACUAUGCAACAUUUUUCAUAAUGUUUUAUGGUUUUAGGAAAUUAAAGAAAUAUUUUAAUACUCAGAGUUAAUAUUGAAUAAUUAUUUAUAUUUGUGUACAAGUGUGCAGAGGCUUGAAGUUAUGGUUAAUGAGUUAGGCAGAUUUUCUGUAGAGCUCUAAAAGUAAUACCAUACAUUGUUUUGUUAUAUCUCAGAGGAAUUAGUGUUUUCAUUGAAUGAUGAAAAAAAUUAUGGCUUUAUUAGUAUUUUAUAAAAUAAGAAAGAGCACAAAAAGUUUUUUUUUUCUUCUUGUACGGCCAUCUGCGAUCAGUCCUAAGACAAUAAACAAAUAUGUUGCGAGUGUCUGUCUUGUGGAGGUCGAUCCUCAUUAGGAGUCGGCGCUCAUUUGGUGCGUCCUGUUCAACAAGUGAUACUGAUAGACAUUUGUUAAUAUUCACAUUAAACUGUUUUGAUAAAAGGUUGUGCAUCCCUGAGUCACCUGGUUUCACCUAAAGAUUCAAAAUAGUUAUAGAAUUUUUUCAUAAUUAAUUGUAUUAUUACUUCUAUUAAUUUGAUCUUUUUUUCAAUCUUUUUUGAGAUUAUUUAUAAGGCUGACAAUGUGAAUAUAAUUCUAACUUUUAUUUUAAUAGUAUUACUUAGUUUAUAAAUAUAAGUAGCAUUGUAUGUGACAAAGGCGUACCUAAUAAUACUACCUACCUAUUUCUAAAUCUAUUUUUAUAACAUUUUUAAUUACGUUAUAUAUGUAUAACAGUAUUUUUUUCUGUUAGGUACAAGUAAUUUUACACAAAACUUUUUUCAUUUAAGUACAAUUAUUCAUAAAUCCCAGUUUAAUUGUUUAUGAUUUUAUUGAAUUAUUUCGGGAUUCUAUUUAUAAGGCUGAUAUAAAAAAAUGAGUGUAAAUAUAUACAUGAUUUUUAUUUGAAUAACAUUACAUAAUAAUUAGAAUUACAAUAAUAUUAAGUUUACUAUAAAUGUACCUAAUAAAUCAUAUUUUUUUGUA